GGAGGAGGAAGCAGAAGCCCAGGGGCUCCCUCAGAGGAGGGGCCGGGGAUGGAGAAGGGAUGAAGCCUGGUGACGUUCUGUCCCGUUCCUCCAUUCUCUGGGCAAAACUGCUGAUGGCAAAGGCUGGAGGCCUGCGUGCCUUGCUGCUGUGACAGAAGUGCUUAGCCCCAGGCAGAAGCAUCCAGGCCCAAGCUGGCAGCGUCACCAAUUGUUUCAGGCCUGUCAUCAGAAGCCAAGGCCUCUGGCCCAGGGAGACAGCGUAUAAAUUCUCGGCCCACCCUUCUGUGGAACUAGGCCGCGCCUGGUCAUGACUCUCCUGGCUCUGCUGCUCCUUCCUGCCUUGAUCUCGCUGUCCGGGGCAGCGGCGUUUCCUGGGCACCUGACGCUGGACUGGCCCCAGGACUGUGGUGUGGCCCCGUCCCAGCACUUGGGCUCUGCUGGAAGGAUCAUCCAAGGCCGGGAAGCCAGGCCUCACUCGUGGCCUUGGCAGGUGUCCAUGCAGGCUCGAGUCCAAGGGAGCCCCAGGUUUGUCCAUGUCUGUGGGGGGACCCUGAUCCAUCCCAGCUGGGUCCUUACUGCAGCCCAUUGCUUCUCUGGGUAAGUGGGUGUUUCUUAUGGGCAGGGGGAUGGCUGGAAGAAGAAAGAGAGAAGGGGAGGUCCUUACUUCCCUAACUUGGGGGAGUUAGC